CUUGGUGUAGCGCGAGCGCCGCAGACCCGGAGGACGAUGGAGGGGACGCGCGGGCCGGGGGCCGACUCUCCUGAAGAGGAGGAGAUGGGGUCGGCCAUGGCGGCUAUGGUGAUGGCUGCUGGUGGCGCGGGCCCAGCUGUCCUGCAGGUGGCCGGGCUCUACCGAGGCCUGUGCACGGUGCGGAGCCGCGCCCUGAGCCUUGGGUUCGUUUCACCCUCACAGCUGCGCGCUUUCCCUAUGCGCCUCGGCUCAGGCCGGCCUUCUGGGGGCGCGGAGGGCAGUGAGGUCGGGGCCGAGCUCGAGGCCAACCCCUUCUACGACCGCUACCGAGACAAGAUUCAGCAGCUGCGCAGGUCUGACCCAGCUGCUUUUGAGUCUCGCUUAGAGAAGCGCGGUGAGUUUCGAAAGCAGCCAGUGGGGCAUUCACGACAAGGUGAUUUUAUCAAGUGUAUGGAGAAGACAGAUACCUUGGGGAAACAGUCUAUAAGCAGAGGAUUCACUAAGGACAAGACUCUCAGUUCAAUCUUAAACAUUGAGAUGGUGAAAGACAAAACUGCAGAAGAAAUAAAACAGAUUUGGCAGCAGUAUUUUGCAGCAAAAGAUACAGUCUAUGCAGUUAUUCCUAAAGAGAAGUUUGAUUUGAUCUGGAACCGGGCGCAGUCCUGUCCAACAUUUCUGUGUGCACUACCAAGAAGGGAAGGUUAUGAGUUCUUUGUAGGACAAUGGACAGGUACUGAACUCCACUUCACUGCACUUAUAAAUAUUCAGACCCGGGGGGACACUGCAGCCAGCCAACUGAUUUUAUAUCACUACCCUGAACUUAAGGAAGAAAAGGGCCUAGUACUGAUGACAGCAGAAAUGGAUUCCACUUUUCUGAAUGUUGCUGAGGCACAGUGCAUCGCCAACCAAGUCCAGCUCUUCUAUGGCACUAAUCGGAAAGAGACCUAUGGUUUAGUGGAGACCUUUAACCUCAGACCAAAUGAAUUCAAAUAUAUGUCUGUCAUCGCUGAAUUGGAGCAAAGUGGACUUGGAGCAGAACUGAAAUGUACCCAGAACCAGGAUAAGACUUAAGAGUUGUAAAGUUUGACCCUUCAUAGAGCAGCUCAGCCCUGGAUAAUCUAGAGCCCACCCACCCCCUUGAACUUAGGAGUUCAGCAUCUAAUGAGGAGUCUAUCUUGAGUUGCUCUAUGUGCUUAUUGCAAAACGGGAUUGUGGAGAUGAGCCCUAAUACUUGAUAUUCAGGAACAGAGGUACCCAAAUGUUCUGAUAAUUACCUCAGCACACUUGAGGUUUCCUUUUUAAGUAUUUCUGGUCAUAAAAAGAGACAGCCAGGAAGCUGCAGAAUGGUUGACUUGAUUUUACAUAGUAUUACACUGCAGUUGCUCAUUUCUCCCAGUUAUGCAUCUUUGUGAACUUGUGCCAUGAUGAUAAACUUGAAGAUCUGUAGUUAGAUAUGGGCUUUAUAUACUUUUUCCAUGUGCCAGUCAGCUGGCCAAAAGCACAACCCAAAUAUCCUGUUAGGCUCUAAUAUAUGUUGUUAUAUAUUCCCAUCUAGAUGCGCCCACCCCCCCAGAGUUUGCUUUAGUGUAGCUGGUUUGGGGUAUCAGCAGAUUUCAGGUACAACUGGAUAAACAGAUAUAGUGCCUGUACAUUGUUAAACCACAAUUUGUGGUACCCAUGCCUCUAACUCUUCCUAUUAGAAGCUAUGCAUUUGAAAGGGGUGAAUCAGUGCAGUGUAAAUAAAACACUUUUUUAAGGAGGAGAUCAUUCCAUAUUUGCAUGAUUUUUUUUAACAACUAAGUAUUACAUGAAAAAAUGGUUAGACACACAUGUUCCCAGAUUGUGAGAAAUUGUAGCAAUAAUAAAAUCUGGCUCACAGUCUGUUAUACAAAAUAGUGAAAUCUAAGCUGUGUGCCGUCUGUCCAUGGUAUCAGUGCUGUGGGUUGAUUUUAUCGAAAAUCAUCUUGGAGCUGGGCAUAUGGCUAAGUGUUAGAGCACUUGCCUGGCAUGAGUGAGGCCCUGGGUUUGAUCUCUCAACACCAAAAAACUUCAUCUUAGGACUCCGCAAUUUCUUGAAACUCCAGAAAUAAGAAAGUUGUUCUUCAACACUGGGAACUCAUGUGUUGUAGUAUCAUUGUUAUGGCUCUAAGCUCAGUGAUAGAAGAGAAUGGUGGUUACACUCCAUCCUUCUGAGCUCAAAGUACCUGGCACCUGCUGUAUUAUUGUUAAUCACCUGUACCAUGCCUUCCCUUUUCUUUAUCUAAUGUGCUCCAAUUGUCUACUACCCCUGUGGAAGAUCUGGGUGACACUGAAUUAUGGUGAGUAGACAUUUAAGCUGUGUGCUUGCAUGUGUGUGUAUGUUUUUCAUUAUGGAAGACUUAUUGGACCUGUCCAGAAGCUUUUUAAAAAGGAUUGGAUUUCCCAUUA